CCUCUUGUAAAAGUAUUUCUUACAUAUGUUUAUUGAGGGUUGAAGAUGUUGUUCUGAAAUUUGAAAGCUUGCACAUGAAAUUUGAGAUAACACCAUCAUUAGAAUCAUACAAGGAGCUCAUUAAGUUUUGCUGUAGUUCACGUAAGGUGCAACUGGCUCUUGAUAUCGUUAACCAGAUUUCUCAAGACAGUUUGAACUUGUCCAUAGACAUGCUAAAUUGCAUAUUGCAUGCUAUUGAAGAGACCAUGAGUGUAAUUUGUGCAUAUGCGAUGCUGAAUGAUUCAAGGAAAAUGAACGUUAAACCUGUAGCUGGCAUGUAUAAUGCUAUAAUGGCAGGAUAUUUUCGAGAGAAGAAAAUUUCUGCUGGGUUGAGGGUUCUCAAGCAAAUGGAACUUGACAGUGUAAAACCAGAUCCCCAAACUUACAGCUAUCUAAUAGCCUAUUGUGACAAUAAGUUCAUCUCUGCUGUCUCUUGCAUUAUUGCUACUUCUAUUCUUGUCAUGCUGCAAAUGGGGAUACCAGUUAAAAGCCUAAAUGAACUCAGAAGUGCUCUCGUCUCUGCUCUUGCAUCACAUGGGCAAAUGGCUGAUGCUGUAGACACAUAUGAAGAAAUCAAGCAAUCUGGAGGUGAUCUGGAGCCUAGAGCUGUCCUAUCUCUGAUGGAAUGUCUUCAUUCCGAGAGAGACUUGAGUCUUAUGCUUCAACUAUUAGAGGAGUUGCAUGAUCAAGGCUAUUGGAUUGAGGGUUGCUGCAGAGUUAUCUCAUUUUGUGUUAGAAAAAAGCAUCUGAGUACCGCUGUUCAUUUGCUCAAGCAACUCAAGGACAAGUUCUGUGAUGAUGAGUUGGCUGCAGAAGUUCUUUUUGAUGAGGCAUUUGCCAUUAUUGCCGAGGAAGAACCUGCUGAUGUACAGUUUGGUGUGGAUUUACUACAAGCCAUAAAGAGUGACAUAGGCAUUAGCCCUUCACGGAAAUGUCUUGAUUUUAUCCUGAAUGCCUAUGUUAAAGCAAAAGACCUGCAAAACUCUCUUUUGAUUUGGAAAGAAUACGAGAUUGCUGGCCUCAUAAUGAUGUAUCAGGCACUUUUGGCCUGUGGAGAUCACAAGUCAGCAGAGGCAAUGCGAACUAAAAUUCCGAAAGACGAUCCAGAUGUACGGGAUGUCAUCAGAGCAUUCCAAGCGACUUACCCCAAGUCAACAACACCUGCAAAGCCCAACAAGCGGCCGCAGCAGCAGGAGAACAAGUGAAACUGAAAGCAAAACACUAACUUGAACAGAAUAGGAUUCAACAUUCUUUGUCCUAGAGAAAUCCUCCAGGCAUUUUUUCUAGUAUUCUUCCUGUUAGGUCUAGCUCUUUAUUUUUGUAUUUAUGUUGAUGCUGCUUUUUCUCACCCUCCCUUUCUCACUAAAACGUAGUUUUUGAC